AUGGAAAACUGGCUCUUCGGUGCCUACCCCAAAACUGUGUACUCCGUGCCGGCGCAGAAACUGGGCGAGUAUGUCCAGACCUCGCUGAGGCCCUCUGAACACUGCCAGAAACAGAUCGACGCGACCGUGGACACCAUCUGUGCCGCCCUGCAGGAAGUCAUGGCGAUAGAUGUGGCCAAAGUGCCCCGGGGCAGGUCGCUUAACCUCCCAGAGCUUCAGUCUCUGAGUCUGUCAAAAAUACUACUGCCUACUGGGGAUCCCUGUGACCCCCCCAAAGUGUCCAGAGUUUCACACCGGCUUCUCUGUCGCUGGCAGGGUGGCUCGUAUGGCCGGAAAACAGUCUUAAGGGGCAACUCCGAUGGUACCCUCGUCAUCUUCACCAGUGAUCUGGGACAAUUCCGGGAUCAGAAGAAAAGCCAACAUGAAAUACUCAACACAAUCUGGGAGCAGCUGAAAGCUUGUCAGUGUGAAAGGAAGCCGACAGCCAAGAUGGAGGUGCAGAGGCCCCACGGAGGGCUCGCCAUCCGGCUGUCCACAUGGUCGCAGAGCGUCACUUUUGAUGUGCUGCCUGCCUUCGACGCUCUGGGCUCACGUGACAGGCCCAGCCCCUGGACUUAUCGAGAGCUCAAAAGAUCCCUGGAUAUGACCAAAGCGAGCCCUGGUGAAUUCUCGGUCUGCUUCACAAAACUCCAGCAGAAGUUUUUUAACAACCAUCCCAGAAAGCUGCAAGAUUUGAUCCUCUUGGUAAAGGACUGGUAUCAACAGUGCCAAAAACAGUCGGCGAGCCCGUCCUGGCCGCCCUCGUACGCGCUGGAGCUGCUCACCGUCUAUGCCUGGGAACAGGGCUGUGGAGCUGAAGAUUUCGAUAUAGUCGCGGGCCUCAGAACCGUCCUGGGGCUCAUCAAGCAGCAGGAGCAGCUGUGUGUCUACUGGACGGUCAACUACAACUUUGAGGAUGAGACCGUCCGGAACAUCAUGUUGCAUCAGAUCCGAUCAUCAAGGCCAGUCAUCUUGGAUCCAACGGACCCAACCAACAAUGUGAGCAAAGAUCAGCUGUGCUGGCAACUGCUCAAAGAAGAAGCUCAACGCUGGUUGUCUGAUCCCAGCCUGCAGGAGCAUCCCGGACCACCCUGGAAUGUUCUGCCGGUACCACUGCACGAGACGCCCGGCCACCUUCUGGAUAAGUUCAUCAAGGACUUCCUCCAGCCCAACCAAACUUUCCUAAGUCAGAUCAGCACAGCUGUUGACAUCAUCUGUGCAUUCCUUAGAGAAAACUGCUUCCGGCGCUCAACCACAAAGCUUCAGAAGCCUGUCAAGGGAGGGUCCUUCAGCAAAGGCACCACCCUGAAGACCGGCUCGGACGCCGACCUCGUGGUGUUCGUGGACUCGCUUGAAAGCUACGCCUCUCAAAGGGACGAGAGAUGCAAAGUCAUCAAGGAAAUCCAAGCACAGCUCGAAGCCUUUCAGCGCCAAGCAGCCAGUGAGCAGGAGCUUGAAGUGAAGUUUGAGAUUUCGAAGUGGAAGGCUCCCAGGGUGCUGAGCUUCUCCCUAAAAUCCAAACAACUCAACGAAAGGGUCGACUUUGAUAUGCUGCCGGCAUUCAACGCGCUGGAUAAGUUGAAACCCCGCUGGAGAGUCUACACCGAGCUCAUCAGUCUGUAUAAAAACACAGACACCCCGGGGGGAGAGUUUUCACCCUGCUUCACAGAGCUGCAGCGGGACUUCGUUAUGUCCCGGCCCACCAAGCUGAAGGAUUUAAUUCGUCUGAUGAAGCACUGGUACAAACAGUGCGAAAGGAGACUGAAGAAAAAGGGGUCCCUGCCCCCCAAGUACGCCUUGGAGCUGCUCACCAUCUACGCCUGGGAGCAGGGCAGCGGGAUGCCGAAAUUUGACACCGCCGAAGCGUUCCGGACCGUCCUGGGGUUGGUCACAAGAUACCAGCACCUCUGCAUCUUCUGGACAGUCAAUUACGACUUCGAGAAUAAGAUCGUGAGGGAUUUCCUACUGACCCAGAUCCAGAAACCCAGGCCCGUGAUCUUGGACCCGGCCGACCCCACUGGCGACGUGGGCGGAGGGAACCGUUGGUGCUGGCAUCUGCUGGCGAACGAAGCUGCCGAGUGGUUGUGCUCCUCUCUCUGCUGCAAGGACCGGGCUGGAGAUCCUGUGCAGUCGUGGACAGUGCCAACAGUGCAGAUGCCAGGAAGUUGCGGGGUCUGUACGGCUCCUGUUGUCAACGAGAUGCUCUCCUACAGAAGUCGCGGAGUCCUAGACUGAAGGAACCUCUGGAAGCCGUCUGGCGACGGCUUUUGAAGGAUCGUUUCACCGUGUAGACCUGUGUCCCAGACGCGUUCUCACCGCUCCUCCCCUCGCUUCUUCGACCCCUUUGUGGAUCAAGACGGCCACGUCCUUCUUGUCAAGUCUCCCCUUGCCAGAUUCUCACUCCGUGAGGGAACUACCUUAUUCAGAAUAUUUGCUCUUGCCCUGGCCGGUU